AUGUACAAGUUCGCCGUCGCCAUCGUUGCCGCCUUCGCCGUCUUCUUCGGCCAGGCCUCCGCCGCGACCCUUCUUGCUGACAACCCUGGUGAGCUCAGUUCUUCGGUCAGUGUGAGCGGACGGGAUGCUGAACUUCACGCAGUCGACGCGUGCAACGGCAGCAACCACUACGGCGAGGGCCACGACUGCGCCUUCAAGAGCGCCGAUGGCACCGCCGAGGGCAUCUGCCACAAGGACGGCAGCGGCGUCCUCGUCUGCGUCCCAAACUGAGCGGAUGGUCGGCGUCGCAUGGAGCAGGAGAUAGGAUGAUUUAAGUUCCCGACUCAACUCGAGGCGCCAGUGUAUUAUUCUAUAAAUUAUCUAUCUAUCGCGCACCGAGCGUUGCGGACUGCACUAUCGGUCGAACUUU